AUGGCAGGAGACAAAACAGAAGUUAAAUGCUCGCUGAACGAGUCCCGUGAAUUGCCAUCCCUGCAACGCUUAGGGAGAGUGGUGGUGGACCCAGCGUCCGUGUUCCUGAUGGGCUCGGACAUUUCCAUCAGCUGCGUGUUGCUGGUCAUACCCUGCCAAGUGAUAAACUUUCAGCUGAACAUGAGCGGAAGCCCCGACAUCUACAUGAAGCGCCUGAACAACACCGUGGCCCGGUAUCGCAUUGCUGGCUUCAACAUACUGAAAUCUUCGCUCAUGUGUUAUGUCAACUGUGUGGACGGUAGAAAACACUUCGUGUGUGGAGCCAGUUUGUCUCCUGGCUAUCCUCCAGAUCCACCCCAGGAGCUCAGAUGUGUGUGGAGACAAAAUGUGAUGAAGUGCAUCUGGAGAAUCGGCAACCCUCCAAUCCUGGACACAAGCUAUACGCUCCACGUACAAGAGUGAGUGACACCUUAAUGUUCU